GCCACCAUUGCCCAUGUCAAAGCGUGGAUUGACGCUGUUGUCAGCAUCGACGAGUUGAAUGCGAUCCAGUAUUUAGAGAACGGAAUGGAUUUGUUUGAUAAGCUGGUGACAGAACGUGGGUUCCCUACAAAGAGGGCCCAAACAGAUUAUGUUCGGAAACUGUAUGAGAUGCUCCAGAAUGUGCAAGCGACGCUGGAGGAUCCUCUAGGAUUCUUCGAGGUGCACAGGUACUUGACAGGACAAAUGAACCGCGCCGAGACUGCCAAGUUUCUUGAGGUUUCCAAGUGCAGCGAUUACCGAAUACUAUUCUUCGGACGCCCGAGGAGUUUCGACAAGUGAAACUCUACGAGUUUCGACGUGCGUGGUUCCUCCGAGGCCUCUUGUCUGCAUACAUUACCUCUCUGUGUAUUGUACGCUGAAUUGUAUUGGAUUGUUGAUUGUGAUUGCCUCGCGUGGUGUUUUUGAUUGUUGA